AGGAGAUACUUCAAUCUAGGCGUGUUUCCUGCUGCCAUUGACUAAAAUGGAGCUGGCAUCUUGCGGGGUGGAGAAGUACACUAAACAGCUUUACGUCUCCUUCAUCAAAUCAUUUCACGUCGUUAAUAUUUUUAAUAAGAAGAUUGAUUGAACGUUCACAGCUGAUUGGCUUCUGGUUUCAUUCAUAACAUGCUACUCGCUGCUUCUCAUGCGUGGACUUGAAUGUCAGCCGGGUCAAGGUUUGCUCCGACACGGGUGGAUUCUUCGCUUUUUUUAAAUGUAUAUGUUAGGAAAACAUCUACAGCAGCAAGCUUUUGGAUGCAAUCCUUCCAACAGGGCGUAAAGGAGCCAGCGUGGGAGCGUCGUCGUGGGAAUGAGCUGCCGCAGAAAACGACCGCAAAGUGGAUCAUGAUGAUGUGACUGCGCCUCUUUUUUGGGAAAAUGCAGAAAUGUGUCACGCUGUUUAGUGCAUAAUCUGCAGGAUUUAAACACGAAAAAACAAGAAUAUCUGAAGUGCGUGAUCAUCAAGUCAAAAAAGAGCCGUCAUGUCAGCGGUGAUGAUAACCAGGAAGGUGCGGAAAUGGGAGAAGCUGCCGGGCAAGAACACUUUCUGCUGCGAUGGACGGGUGAUGAUGGCCCGACAGAAGGGAGUAUUUUACCUCACCCUCUUCCUCAUCAUUGGAACCUGCACCCUCUUCUUCGCCUUUGAAUGUCCAUACCUGGCUGUCCACCUGUCUCCUGCCAUCCCGGUCUUUGCCGUUGUGCUCUUUCUGUUUGUCAUGGCCAUGUUGCUGAGGACCAGCUUCAGUGACCCUGGGGUCCUUCCUCGCGCGCUCCCAGAGGAGGCCACCUUCAUCGAGAUGGAAAUAGAGGCCGCCAACGGCAAUGUCCCCAGCGGUCAGCGACCGCCGCCUCGCAUCCGCAACGUUCAGAUCAACAACCAAAUCGUCAAACUCAAGUACUGCUACACGUGCAAGAUCUUCCGGCCGCCUCGAGCGUCCCACUGCAGCAUCUGCGACAACUGUGUUGAUCGUUUUGACCACCACUGUCCAUGGGUGGGCAACUGCGUGGGCAAGAGGAACUACCGCUACUUCUACUUGUUCACGCUGUCCCUCUCACUGCUCACCAUUUACAUCUUCACCUUUGAUAUCGUCCAUGUGGUCAUGCGCUCAGUGGAUGAUGGCUUUUUGAAUACACUGAAGGAAACACCUGGAACUGUGCUGGAGGUGCUGGUGUGUUUCUUCACCCUGUGGUCAGUGGUGGGCCUGACGGGCUUCCAUACGUACCUGAUCUCGCUUAACCAGACCACCAAUGAGGAUAUCAAAGGGUCUUGGUCGGGGAAAAACCGAGUACAGAACCCAUACAGUCACAAGAACAUCAUUAAAAACUGCUGCGAGGUGCUGUGUGGGCCCACGUACCCUAGCGUCUUGGACAGAAGGGGUCUGAUGCAAGAGGAUUCGCCAGUUGCAGCAUCGUCUGCUGUAGCCUCCCCUUCCUCUUCCUUCUCCUUCUCGAACAGCAGCAACCCGGCACCACAAACCACGAAAACCACGGCGCCGCUCAUCCCGAAUGAGCACACGCCUGACGACGCCAAGUCCGGCAUCGCUGCCUCGGCAGAGUCCAACUCCUCCUCCCCUGCAGAGGACCGCCCUCCUUCAACCGGCGCCCCGCCUUUGGCUUCCCCCGAGACAGACGCCGAGACCUCCGUAGCCAAAGACAAAAGCCACUAGCUGCACCCAUGGCGUUGCGGCCGUCCUCUUGAGUCCUGUACGGUCAGGAACUUUAAUAAUCCAAGCUCAGUUACUCUCCUCCUCCUCCGCGCUCCUGCUUGAGUGACACAUCCUCCUCAGGGAGAGGGGUGAUUUCACGGAACGUCAGCAUCUUCCCGAAUACUUGACAAUACUCAUCGAGGGAAGACUGCUAGCACAGGGGUGGGUGGGGGUGGGGGGAGAUGGGCUGGGAAGUGCGCAUGACAAACCCACAGUUGUUAUUUAAAACAUUAAAUGUGUGUGACCGCUAUACUCCAAGUGGCCCGGCAAGGACGAUGUUGCUUCUCCACACGUGUAAAUCCUCAUUCAAGUACGGUCUGUGCACACAUUACAUGCCCUAUGCAAAUCAAGAAGGCUGGGUGUAAAUACCUGUAGAUGUCCUGCGCACGCACGCACACACACACACACACACACACACACGUAGCUGACAUAUUCUACAGGCUCCAUACAGUGUAAAAUCUACCUUGUAUUCUGGUAAUUGCUGCAUUCAGUACUGUUACUAGCAAUGGCGACGCCAGUCCUUCCAUUUUUAUAUACAUUGAUGUUCAUGGGUAUAUAUUAUUAUUAUUAUUAUUAUUAUUAUUAUUAUUAUUAUUAUUAUUAUUAACACGUGACGCUUUAUGCACAUGAAAUAUCAUCUCCAGGUGCAUCACGCCCUUACGUUAUGUGUGUGUGUGUGAGACCAAAUCCUGACUUUUGAUGUUCUUGGACGCUAGUAGCAACCGUGCCUUACAUUGGACCCAACAGACGUCAGCAAGCAGACACGCCCAAACAGUAUUAAAUAACGUUAAUGCUGUCAAAUGAGAUUGAGGGUUUGCUCACACUUGUCGCGUUUGGUUCAGUUCGAAGGAACUCUGGGGCAUUUCUUGUGCUAGUGCGGUUCGUUUGGUCAAAUGUGAACGUGAUGAUCCAGUUGCAAGUGGACUCUGGUGCGGUUCGGUUCAGUUGAGCUCCACUGUGAACGCUACACAGACUAAAAACACGGGCCAGUGUUAAAAUGACAGCAAAAAGCAUGCAGAAAUGACAAAUAUGGAAGAGAAAAUGUGGUGGAAGUGCUGUCUCUACUCUGCUCUCUCCCUGUGUGUGUGUGUGUGUGUGUGUGUGUGUGACAACGGCGCUCUUUGAAAGCAUAUUUUGAAAGCUUUCUGUGAAAUCUAAGCUGGUAAGAACAAAUGUAAAAGUAACUGACGUGGAUUGUCACAAAAGCAGCCCAAUCAAGUCUUUACUUUAUGCGUAGGCUCGUUGCUGCGCCGCUAAUACCAAUGUGAGCGCGAAGCCAACUGCACCAAAGUGCACAUAAAGUACCAAACCGCAAGUGUGAACACAGUUAAAAGUCAAAAUGAUGAAAUUCUGGGUUUAUUUUCUAUUUUUUCAAAGUGUGAGGCAGGCCAACCCUUGGAGGCGGAGCAAGUUGAGAUAAAUCAGGAAAAACAUCUUUUUCAAACCUGCUAAGCUAACGUGAGUUAUGUCUAAAGGCAUAAAGGCAUUGAUUCCUGGUUCCUACAGUAAGUCUCGGGUAAGAACAAAACUCCACAAAAUAUAUGCACCAGAAAAUGUGUUUUCAGGGAGGCCCCAACAGUAUGGUAUGCCCCACUUCGAAAACAUAUUAAAAUUGAUUUAUUUUCAUGCUGAAAGUCAGAUGUGAAGAUUGAGACCCAUGUCCUGUCAUUGGUAGACGAUUGUUAGCUUAGCUAAGCAUCAAUCAUUUUGGUGGUAAACAACAAGAAGGCUCAAAGGCGCCACGGUGGAGCCACGAAGGAUGCUCGUCAACUUUGCAUUUGGAUUCCCGAUUUCCAAAUUGUGGUAUGUGUACCACUGUACACCAGAGAUUUUUAUAGGAAAUCACUAUAUACAUGAAAUAUAUACUGUAUGAAGUAACGAUUCGCUCCAAAUGAAUUCAAAUUAAAAUGUCCUUUGCUGAAAUAGUAACUCAAACCUGCGAGUACAAGCCGAAAAAUGUUCAGGUGGCACAUGUGUAAACACGUUUGACAAACACUACUGUAUAAAAUUAAUAAUAAUAAUGGAAAUAAUUCUUUCCGCGGUCAAACUGCCAUCAUAAAAAGCUUAUUUAGUAAAAAUGCAGUUUUUAAUGUUUUUUUCAACAACUGUCACACAAGUGGAAACAUAAGUUAACCACUUAACUUUAAUGGCUAAGGUGAUUUCCGUUGUCUUCUUACUUGUGUAUAAAAAAAAACGUAACCACUGUCAAAAGUAAAAAUGAUAAAAACAAGCCAUGAGUCUUAUUGUUUUGAAUGCUUUUUCUGUGUACUUGUGCGUACCUUGUAGGCAAUAUCCUCCUUCGUCAUGCUCCUUUUGAAUAAAUGUCACCAAAAAGCCAAAGAUAAUGCACAACACAAACGGGCACAGCUAACUUUUCGGUGCUCACUGAACUGAGGUCUUGUGAGGAUGUUUCAUGUGACCAUAGAGUGGAAUUUUUAUUCAAAAUCCCAAUUCCAUGACCUCAAGUGACCCUACGUUGAACUUGAAAGGAUGCAGCAGGUGGCGGUAGUUCACGUUUGUCAAGUACGAGCCGCGCUUGCACCUGGAUCUGGCCCCUGAAAUGAAUUUGACAGCUUUAAAAUCAUGUUUAAAUAUCCUUUACAUUACUUUUUUUUUAGGACGCUAGCUCGUUUACUUCGCAUCUGUACUUUUAGUUAACUAAUUAGAGUCGGCCAUGUUUGUUUGGCUGUAAAAGCCACCAGAAGCGGGCAUUCUUCCAAACAGUUAGCCUGCCCAAAAUGCAUUGUUUGUGCAUGUAUCUCAAUCUUCCGCAACUCCCAACUAGAAAACAAUCAAAAUGAGGUAUUUUUUUGGAGUGUAUUAUUGUUUUUUCAUCUUGGAAUCCGUGUGUAAAAUCUUCCACAAAGGGAUCAACUGUUCGCUUUGACGUCACUGAGUAAAGAGCAAAAAAACAAGUAAAGCCAUGGUUGAAUUGUACAUAUAUUUACAAGUAGACAUGAUGCUUGGUACUAAAGCAGGCAAAAGCAGCAAGGUUGACUCUCUAUGUGUAUCUCGAGUGCUGCCUAGAACCCAAAUCAUCAAUCUUGACUGCAGGAAAUAAAAAUCGAGAGAUUGAAAGUGGGAGUCGCAUGAGGGCAAAUGCGAUAAAGCUUAUUUUUAGUGUUAGUUUGUGAUUGUGCACUGUUUGUGUUUGUAUGCAGGAAAGAAGUGUUUGUGGAUUAUACACAUGUAGACAUGGUGACUUAUCUGGUCAAGCCUAUUACCAAUUAGCAUUGUUGGUUAUUUAACACAGCCAAGCAAUAUGUGCAGAAGGAAAUUGGGGAUUUUGGCAGCUGGACUGUGGACCCUCUUAAAGAACCUUUUCUUGUUUUAUUUCAACAUAUUUAGAGAGGAGAGGCAAACAAACAUCGUACAAAAGGCUGAAUGUAUGUGAACCUCUGAAAAAGGUGACAAUUUCUAACAGUAUGGUUUUUAUUUUAUGUGAUAAAAAUGCCACGAUCAGAUCUGAAUGCUCUGAUAUACAGUAGAUACUUUAUAUAUAUAUAUAUAUAUAAAGACAUUAUGUAUACAAAUGCAGUAGUAUUCCAUUUAUUUAUGUUCACUUUGUUGGGUAUUAACACUGUGAUUCUGCUACGUGUUUUCCUUCCAGUUACUCUACACUUCUUUUACAUGAUCAAUACGUCUGGUAAAUAAACCAUAUUGUCUUAUUAUUCAUGGUUUCUAUCUAACACAUUUGAUUUAUUUUUUAACUGAAUAUUUACAGAUUUUUUUUGGAGUAAGGCCAUUUAACUUUGCAUCAAUUGAUUAUUGUAAGUAUAGGGAAUCCAAUAAAUUAUAUAAUUUAUUUUAAUUUAUUACUAAUGAACCAUAUUAUUAAGUAACUGCACAUUUGCAAAUAAUAUAUUCAGAUUUUUAAGAAUAUAUUUUAUUUGUAAUACAUAUUUGGAGCAAAUCUCAAAGUACAAUUAAAAAAAAAACAAACUCUAACAAGUAAUAGCAAGAGAAAUACAGUAAAACCAAAAUUUGGGAAAAUAUAUUCGUCUUUUACUUCUACUUCAAAUUAAUCUUGUUUUUUUUUUUUAAACAAGUAAUAAACUCCUAAAUGUUAUGCUGGAUUUAACUAUACAUAGUGUCCAAAAUCCAUGGUUAUUUAGGCUAAUAUUUACAGUUAAAUUUACCAGCCAUAAAAUAUUUAACAGUACCACCAAGCAUGACCAGUAUUACUUAGAAUAAAAAUACAAUAUGUGUGUGAGAUGCUGCAGUAAAUGUGUGUAUUAACCAAAUCCACACAAUUUUAUUACAACGCACUUUUUUAACUUUUACAUUUGUGUUUAACAAUUAUUCAACAUUUUUUGGUUGAACAAAAACAGUGUGAGACAAGGUGACAAAAAUGUAUCUGAUUGUUUUUUAGGAAUUUCAGUUGAUGCCUUUAACAGUCUUUGAGAUCCGUAACUGUCAGAUCUUGUAUGGUGGUGUGGAAAAGUGAUUUCCUCCUUCCUGAUUUCUUAUUUUUUAGCAUGUUUCAGCAUUUUAGCAUCACAUUUAAAUAUUUGUUAACAACAACACAACUAAACACAAAAUUCUGUUUUUAAAUGAAACAUUUUAUUAUUAAGGGAGAAAAAAAAAAUCCAAACCUACAUGGCUCUGGGUGAAAAAGUGCCCCCACCCCCCCAGUUAAACAUAACUGAGAUUAAUUGAGCUCUAUCAGUCUGGAAAAGGUUAAAAAGCCAUUUCUAAAGCUUUGGGACUCCAGCAAAACACAGUGAGAGCCAUUAUCCACAAAUGGUGAGAACAUGGAAGAGCAGUGAACUUUCCCAGGAGUGGCCGGCCAACCAAAAUUAACCCAAGAGCGCAGCGAGGACCCAUUCAAGAGGUCACAAAAGACCCCACAACAACAUCCAAAGAACUUCAGGCCUCACUUGCCUCAGUUAAAGUCAGUGUUCAUGACUCCACUAUAAGAAAGACACUGGGCAAAAACGGCCUGCAUGGCAGAGUUCCAAGACGACAACCACUGCUGAAAAAAAAUAACAUCAGGCUCGUCUCUCAGAAAACUAUAUUGAUGAUCUCCAAGACCUUUGGGAAAAUACUCUGUGGUCUGAUGAGGCAAAAGUUGAACUUUUUGGAAGGAGUGUGUCCCAUUACAUCUGGCAUAAAAGUAACGCCGCAUUUCAGAAAAAGAACAUCAUACCAACAGUGAAAUAUGGUGGUGGUAGUGUGAUGGUCUGGGUAUGUAUUGCUGCUUCAGUACCUGGAAGACUUGCUGUGAUAAAUGGAACCAUGAAUUCUGCUGUUUACCAAAAAAAUCCUGAAGGAGAAUGUCCAACCAUCUGUUGGUGACCUCAAGCUGAAACCAACUUGGGUUCUGCAGCAGGACAAUGAACCAAAACACACCAGCAAGUCCACCUCUGAAUGACUGAAGAAAAACAAAAUAAAGACUUUGGAGUGGCCUAGUCAAAGUCCUGACCUGAAUCCUAUUGAGAUGCUGUGGCAUGACCUUAAAAAGGCGCUUCAUGAUUUUUUUUUUCUCUCUUAAUAAUACAAAGUUUUAUUUCAAAACUGCAUUUUGUGUUCAGUUGUGUUGUCAUUGACUAAUAUUUUAAAUUUCUUUGAUGAUGUGAAACAUUUAAGUGAGACAAACGUGCAAAAAAAUAAGAAAUCAGAAACAGGGCAAACACUACUUCACACCACUGUACAGUAUGUACCAUAUUCCGGAAAAGUCCAUCCGUAACAAGUUAAUAGUUUUAUAGCAAACAGCAUUAAGCAGUUUAAUGUCUGCAACAGAACAGCAGAGUUUGUCUUGCUGUUAACAAACCGCAUGGAUCACGUCUAGCUCUUAAAAGUUAGUCUGGGCUCUUUAAAAGGGGACCUAUUAUACUUUUCCUCUUUUCUGACCUAUAAAUGUUGUAUUCUCGUGUUAACGAUGCCAACGCAUCAGAUAAUGAGGUGAGCUCUGAAAGCUGUUUUGGACGGCUCUACAAGCUUGUGUUUUACAGAGUUGUUUUUUUUUUUUUUUUAAACCUAGUUCCAUUGACGUCAAUGCAACCCGGACAUCCUUAUAUGCUCAGCACCCCCGCUCUGCUUCGUUCUGUUCACGGUGUUAACGCCUCGAGCAAUGGUUCCCAGGAAACGUAUGCUCAGGUGUUGCCUAAAGAGGCAUUCCCGGCCAACAAGACAAAAAUAUGCUCAUCUGUCAACGGCACUUCACACGGGACUGUUUUGUGAACAUGGGACAAUACAAGCUGGACUAUCCACCAAACUGUUGCUGAAGUCCGACGCCUUUCCAACGUUAUCUGGUCGUGUUGAAGAGUCAGAAGAGCAAGCUGGAAGUAACAAUUUAUCAGUGUCAUAGCUGUGUUUAUGUUGUGUAAGUAAUCGGACAAAAGGGCUUCGGCAGCUGGCCGGAUGUCCUCGGGAGCGCUCUGGAGUGUGACCAAUCACAGCGGAGUGGGCUCGGCGGGAGGUGUACCUGGAGGAGGGCAUGGGGUGGAGUAAAUUACACAGACCAUUUGGGUGGGAGGCAGGAACCCAAGGAAACACUGCAGGAAGACGUGCAGAGUCUGGAAGAUCUAGAAAGCGGGUUAUCUGUGUGGGUUAUCGUGUGUAGCUGCUCGACAGGAGUCCAGAACUCAAUACAAAGGCCUGAAAUGAGUAAAAUAGGUCCCCUUUAAGAACCAUCUUGCACGCUAAGUUCUUGCAGAUGUUGCUGUACAUCAUCCAGUGCUUCUGAUGGCUUCUUCUCCUUGUUGGUCUCUGCCUUCUCUUCCUGGAGCUCCCCUUCUGUCUGCUUAUUGUUCUCUGUCUCUUCACCCUGGAGCUCCUCCUCUGGUUUUGUCUCCUCGUGUCCAUCCUCCAGGUGCUCAGAACUCUCAAAACAUCCGGAGUCCCUUGGCUCCCGGGCGUCCACCAUAGAUCUGUCCUCGUCCUCCUCCUUUUCUUCUCCUUCUUGUCCCUCCGGGCUGCAUUCAUCCUCGGCUAACAAAGCAAUUACAGUUUUUUUAAAUACAAGAUGUCUAAAGCACAUUUAUUAUCUCUAAACAUGUCAUUAUGUUCUUUAUAUUCUGCAAAAAUGACAACGAAAUGAUUUGUUUGUUUGUGUACAAAAGGAUUAAUUGGGCAUGAAUACUUGGACUCAUUUAUUCUUAGAAUAUUACGACUCAGCUUAUUUUUGGAACAUUGCAAUUUUCUUGUAAUAUACCUUUUUUCCACAAAAAUACAUUUUUAUUCUUAUUAUAUUAUGACUUUAUUAUUGUAAUAGUACAGUUUUUUUUCAUUUAAAAAGUCCAUAUUUGUUUUUAUUUUGUGAUUUUACUCCCCAAUUUAUUUUCCUGUUAUUACUACUUAAUUCUUGUACCUUUUAACAUGUUUGUUCUCCCCACAUAUUUAUUCUUGUUAUAUCAGAUUUUAUUCUCAUUAUAUUGAAAUCAAUUUCUGGUAAGACGUUAUUACAUGUUAUGUAGCAUUUCAGCUUUUUUCAGGCAAUGUUACGACUUUCUUUUUUUCAACUUUAAUAUUCUUAUCAUUUUCCCCCUUUCCCCAACAUUUGUAUGCUUGUUAUAUUCAGAUUGUAUUUGAUUAGUAUUACCAUAUUUGUCUUUUAACAUUAUGGCUUUUUUUCUUACUAACCCUUUCCCUAAUAUUAAGACUUUAAUGCAUUUUUAUUCCUGUUAAAUGUAUGACUUUAUUCUUAUACUAUUGAAGCUUUUUUUGUUAAUAUUAUGACUUAUAUUAUGAAAAACAAAACAUUUAUGUAUUUUGUUAUAUUGGGAUUUUUGUACUCUUAUAACGCUUAUUUUCUUGCAAUAUUACAAUUUUUUUCUUGGAAGGUUAAAACUUUUUUCUGCAGCCUGACCCUUU